AUGUUUUUUGGUAAAUUUAAAAGGCUCAAAUCAUUUUCUAAGUCUCUUCUCUACACAAUCGGCACCUUCCACAUCUUAACCUAUUAUCUCGUCGACGCCACCCUGACUAAGGGGCCUAGCAUGAGUCCUGAGAUAAGUGACUCUGGCACGUUGGUAUUAUACAUGCGUCCAUAUUUAGUUUCCAAGUUCCGAGAAGGGCAGGAGUUAUAUCGCAAAAACGACGUUGUGAUUAGCACAUCGCCUCUGAAUCCAAAUAAACGAAUUUGUAAGCGAAUCGUCGGGGUCCCCUACGAGACUAUACACAAUACUAAAAUACCUCAAGGUCAUUUUUGGCUGCAAGGUGAUAAUAGAGAAAACUCACUGGACAGUCGUCACUACGGUGCGAUAUCGUCUGGACUAUUUCAAGGGAUUGUAUUUUUAAUAGCUUCAAAGAAUGGAAUCAAGUUGAUUUAG